AGUGAUGAUACUGAGUAUCCAUUCCCUCCUGAGCUCCUCAUGCAGUUACAUAAUUCUCAAGUUCAAGGACAGGGACAGUACAACCUACCACCUUAUCCUAACACUGGACACUACACCAUUCCUUAUGGUCUCCCUCCUCUUCCUAUCCCAACUCUUCCUGGUUCCCCUGUACCUGCUGCCCCCAUCCCUCCUGGUAUCUCUCGGGCCUCAAGGAACCCAUCAAUGGGAUCUAACCUCAACACAUCUAUUCGGAGUCUGAUGUCAUUCAGGGAUAUCUUUGUUGAUAGGAAAAGAAUACAAUUUAAUGCUAAACUAAUGGAAGGUGUGUUUGGUGUUAUGUAUGAAGGAUAUUUAACUAAUGCUGAAGAUGAUGUUGAAGGAGCAAUACCAGUAAUAAUUAAAACUGUUAAAGAUAAUACUCCUGAUAUUGUUGUAAAGUCAUUAUUGGAGGGCGGGGCUGCUACAAGGGGUGUAGUCCAUCGUCAUUUAUUACCUCUAAUUGGUGCCCAUGCUUCAGACCUAGAACAACCAAUGUUACUCUAUCCCAAAUCUUCAUUUGGUACAUUAAAAACUUUAUUACUGAAAACAAGAGAAGGAGGAGGAAUCAUGUUACCAGGAAAUAAUUCUGGUCAGUGUACAUAUAUAUCAACACAUGAUCUUGUAUUUAUAUCUGAACAAGUGGCCAGAGGAAUGUACCAUUUAACUAGAAAAGGACAAGUACAUAAAGACCUGGCAUGUAGGAAUAUAUAUAUUCAUGAGAAUCUACAUGUAAAGAUUGGUGAUAGGGGACUAAGUUGGGAUUUUUAUCCAGAAGAUUAUAAUACAAUAGAAGAGAGAGGAGGAGGGGGAGAUGAGACCAUUGCUUAUCCUGUCAAGUGGAUGGCAGCUGAAGUUUUGUCUGACAAAAGAUACUCUUCAUCUUCUGAUGUGUGGUCAUUUGGUGUUGUACUGUGGGAGAUAAUGACAAGAGGAAAGACUCCUUAUGAAGAUGUACUACCUGAAAAUAUGUUAAACUAUUUAACUACUGGCCACAGACUACCCCAACCUAAAAACUGUCCUGAUGAUCUGUUUAGUUUAAUGGGUUGGUGUUGGGCCCUCACUCCUAGUGAUAGACCAAGAUUUAGUCAUUUAACUGUACGGCUUAAAGAAUUUUAUGAUCAACUGGGAUCAUUUAUAUAAUAAUAAUAAUAAUAAUAAUAAAUAACAGUAUUACACUCACUCACUCACAGACUUUUUCAUUCUUUCUCAGUCUCUCAUUUGUUGUCAA